CUGACUGCAGCCCGUGUCAGUCACAAGUCGAUGGUGCCGUGGAGGAGGAAAACACAGUGGAAAGAUUAGUAAAAGGCCCUAAAACCAUUUUAAAUCCGCAAAUCAAUCACUAUCUUUUAAUCGGAAUAGAUACGCUAAAGGCCCUGCACGCUGAGUGUGAAUUAGGGCAGCAGACAUGUCGGGCUCCAUGGACAGCUCCAUGAUCGAUGUGUCCAGUGACAGCUUCUGGGAGGUUGGGAACUAUAAGCGCACAGUGAAGCGGGUCGACGAUGGCCACAGACUUUGCAGUGAUCUGAUGAACUGCCUUCAUGAACGUGCUCGUAUAGAAAAAUCCUACGCACAGCAGCUCACAGAAUGGGGCAAGAGGUGGCGACAACUGAUUGACAAAGGCCCUCAGUAUGGCACACUGGAGAGAGCCUGGUCAGCACUGUGCACUGAAGCAGAAAAAGUGAGUGAGCUGCACAUGGAGGUGAAGGCCGCGCUGAUGGGAGAGGACUACGAGAAGCUCAAGAACUGGCAACGUGACGCCUACCACAAACAGAUGAUUGGGGGAUUUAAAGAAACAAAAGAGGCGGAUGACGGAUUCAGAAAGGCACAGAAACCUUGGGCAAAAAAACUCAAAGAGGUGGAGACGAUGAAAAAGACCUAUCACUCGGCCUGUAAAGAAGAGAAGCUUGCCGCCAGCAGAGAAACCAACAGUAAACUGGAGAGCAACAACAAUCCUGAGGCUCAGAAAAAACUGCAGGAAAAACUAGAGAAGUGUCAACAAGAGGCACAAAAGACAAAGGAGCGCUAUGAGAAGUCCCUAGAGGAGUUGGACAAGCUGACCCCUCAGUACAUGGAAAACAUGGAGCAAGUGUUUGAGCAGUGGCAGCAGUUUGAAGACAAACGCAUUAGCUUUUUCAAAGAAUUGCUCCUGGAAGUCAAACAACAUCUGGACCUAUCCAGCAAUCACAAAUUUCAGACAAUCUACCAUACGCUGGAAGACACGAUUUCUGCUACUGAUGCCGAAGACGACCUCAAAUGGUUCCGGUCAAACCACGGUCCAGGCAUGCCCAUGAACUGGCCACAGUUUGAGGACUGGUCUUUAGAUUUGAACCGGACUCUGAGCAGACGAGAAACAAAGAAGAAGUCAUCUGAAGGUGUAACACUGACUGGGAUCAGUCAGACUGGAUCUGAUCAGCCUGUGAAGACCACAAGCAGCCUCACCAUGCCCACCAUAACUGAACCGGUGAGCACAAACCCCUUUGACGAAGAUGACGAUGAGGAGGAGGUGCAGACCACAGUCAACCACAACAGUGUCAAUAAAGAAGAAAUAAACAUUGCUAGCAGUACAGAGAAGGCCCCGGACUGGUCUGAUGAAGACACAAGCGCGAAUCCCUUUUCCACCAACGGAAAUGGAAAUCCGUUUGAGGAUGAACCAUCUUCUCUGGGGAUAUCUGUGCCUGUUCGAGCUCUGUACGAUUAUGAAGGGCAGGAACAGGAUGAGCUGAGUUUCAAAGCAGGAGACGAAUUCACAAAAAUUGGUGAAGAGGAUGACCAGGGCUGGUGCAAAGGUCGACUCAAGAAUGGACAAAUAGGUCUCUAUCCUGCCAACUAUGUUGAAGACAUCCAGUAAAACACCGCCAAGCUCUAUAUUCUGUGUCUUUCCUGUGGACAGUCAGACUGAAGGACAGUAACAUCUGAGUGGACCACUUGUUAUAUUGUCUUCCCAUAAAAUUACCUUUGUUAAAACUAUUUAAAAUAUGGAAAUUAACCACUUCAAGUAUUGCUUAAGAAGCCAAAAAGCUUUUCCUGUAAUCAAUGGCACAAAGCAAAUGUUACCCAGAGCUACAACAAUCUGAUGUAUGCUGUUACAGAAAAUAUAACUUUUAUGAAAUUCAGUGACAUGUAUUUGAUCCUGUUUUGUUUUUUAAAAGAAGUUCACUGUUUUGCAUUUUUGUUUUUAGAAGAAAACCACUAUGGAUGCAUUAAGGGAGAUGAUCUAAAUACAUUUAAACCAUUUCUGCAGGUUGAAAAUGGGUCCAUUUUGAUUUAUAACAUGUUAAAAUGUUUUAAUAUUUGUAAUUCCUGCCUUUUUUCAUGCUUAGUUUGGAAGAUCUGAAAUUAUUAGGAAUGACCAAAAUAAAAAUAAACUGUCUAUAUUUAAUGUGUCCACAAGAAACAUGUUAUUUGCAAUGUUUAAGGUUUCUCACUGAAAUUGAAUGUACAGUUAAUUCACUGAUUGUAAUAGUUCUCUCACUGGUCACUUUUCCUAGCUUCAGUCAUUUCACUUAACAUUGUAAAUUGUAAUAUUUUAUUUCUUUUAGAAACACUGACUUUGUUUUUACCACACAGAUAUCCAGUUUUGUUUUUGAUUUUCUUGUUUGUUUGUUUUUUUUGUUUUGUUGUUUUUUUUGAAGAAAACCUUUUAAUAUAUAGCAAGUUUAAGCUGGACAAUAUAUUACCAUUGUGUAUGUAAAUAGCCACCAUUAAACAAAAUAUCCUCUGAGAUCUAAUAUGAUGUGCAGUGUGCAUUUGAUCAGAUUUUGGUGAAAAGAAUUUAUAGUAGUUUAAAUGUUUCAUUAACUAUUGCUCUACAACUUUUUAGUGUUAUUCAUUUACUAUUAUAAAUUCUAGAUGUUACAAAUAAUUGCAUUAGCAAAUGUCAGUUGUACUUUAUUGAUAUUAAAUUAAUUUAAAACUA